ACGUUUUCACCAAACACUGAGACUUGGUUCUCUGAAAGAGACUGACAACCAUGAACGCUACCUCUCCUAACGAUUUCAUGGAAGCCGUAGAGAAUCACAGCGGAAGCGAUUCCGACACCAACAUCGACGACGACGAUGCCGCCGCCGAGUACUACCAGCCAGUCUCCGCCGUCGAUUCCGAAGACGACGAGGAGAAUCACCAUCUCCAAAACGACGCCGUUGUUUCCCACUCGCAGCUGCUCCCCAACGGCGUGAUUGUGAACCAGGCGCAGAGGGGAGUGUCGUCGCUGAGAUUAAACGACGACGUCGAGGGUGAUAAUGGCAGUAGCAGCGAAGAAGAAGAAGAAGAAGAAGAUGUGAUUGGAGGGGGUUCUGAUUCGGCGGUCACGAGGGCGAUCAGAGAAGACGAGAGUCGCCGGCACGCGCCGUUGACGCCGGAGAAUGCGACGAGGGUUAUGGAGGCGAUGAGAGGGAUUUCGUUCGCCGGAGUGGCUCCGGAUUGGGCUGAUCGGAUCCCUGAAGAAAACUGGAUUGAUCGGCUUCGCCGGCUCCGACAGUCACCCCAGAGUUAAGACAUUGUUUGUUCAUGUUUUCUCAAUUUGAAUUGCUUGUCAAAUUGCUUGUCAAAUUGCUGCAUUUGCACGUAAGAUUCCUGAUGUUGAUCAAUGAAAGUAAUAUCAUUUCAGAUUUUCAGCAAUUCAAAGUGUUAAAUGACAAACAAAAGCUUUAAUGCAUUUCACUAUUCUACACUGAA